AUGCUCGCUGUCUCCCAGACCACAUCCAAGAACAUGCGCUUUUUCGCAUUCCUAGUGUUUUUGCUUGUUGCCGUCUCAGUCACAGAGGCAUGUAAUACAGGCAAGACUGGUUAUUCAUCAAUCAGAAGCAGCGCCGCCUUCCAAAACCCAAAGCCCAUCGAGCCAGCAGGUAAGUCUUUUUGUCGGCAUCAGUAUAUUUUAAACGCAAGGCAAUUCACACCUUUAAAUUCUAAUAUUCCGGCAAUGUAGACGAGUAUUCAUCCAAUGCUCUAUCUACCACGUUCCGACGCCAGUUGGCAAGAAGGGGUGUGUGUGCAUGUUCCUCCUACUUGCACAUCUGCACGCAAAGGAAAUCCAUCCCACAAUGACUAGGCAUAUUAAAUACUGUCGUAGGCCAGACGCACAGCCUAUAGUGACCGGUCUGCAAUGCUUCCAUGGUUGGGCAACCAUCUGCAUCAGUGUGUCGAGGAAGACACUUUCAGCGUAAACAAGGCAUUGCUUAGAUCACUUGUGCUAAUUACUCUCAAGAUACGUUUGAAUCAUUGCCUUUUUAAGCAAAAUGCAGUCUGAGGAUAAUAAAAUGUCCUUCCAUGAUAACCAAAAUGUCUUUACAUUUUUCUCCUUCAAGAUAAACAAAAUGCAAUUCCUGUGGGGAAGAUUAAUAUGUGGUAAAUGCUGAGGACGCUGCGUAAGUUCUACUGUUAAGCACAUAGCAGUGCCAUUUCAUGAUAGAUGAUAUUUGAUAAAGCAGACGUCCAUUAAUUCCACAUUUUUCUAGGAAUGUGAAUGACCUUCGCACGAGGACAUCCGGCAUCGGAAGACGUUUGUGUAUAUACGAUGCAUAAUAAAAUGUACGAUGGAUGAUUCAACCUUCUUUUUGAUAUACUGCGUCGUCUAAAUUGCAAGUGUCGUGUUUUAAAAAGGAGUCCACCAAAACUGCACGUGUGUGUGUGUUUUGUUGUAAUCACAUGCGCAUCCACGAGAGCGGAAUUGACCGCAGCCUUGACACAUCCACCCCGCCGAGCCCCACUCCAAAUCCACCACCUUGUGCACUAACCACUCCCCAGCCGACAUUGACGCCACCGUCCUUACCACCCCUAACUCCUCCCCUUCCUCCUCAUCUUCCUCCUUCACUGCCACAACGACGGCCGCUUCGGCGUCUGUCGCCCACGACUUCACCACAGCCGAACCUCACACAACAACCGGCACAACCCCUGCAACCUCCAUCAUCAGACGUGAGGGCCAGGACUACAUCUGCCCUCACUGCGAUCGCACCUUCACUUCACGCAUCGGCCUGGUCGGUCACUUGCGAAUCCAUCGCACAGAGACUGGCGAACCAGUGCCUGGAGCACCAACCUACACCCACCGCACUCGCCUCCUCUGCCGACACUGCCCUCGCACCUUCACGCAUCGCAUGGGUUUAUUCGGCCACAUGCGCAUCCACGACGACCUGCGGUAG